AUGCUUUGGAAACUGACGGAUAAUAUCAAAUAUGAGGAAUGUGAGAUGUUAGUGCACAGUUUUUCGGCUAUGGAGCGCCACGACAGUACCAGCAACGGGACAGCCCGGCUACCCCAGUUGGGGACCGUGGGUCAGUCUCCCUACACCAGCGCCCCACCGCUCUCCCACACCCCCAACGCCGACUUCCAGCCCCCUUACUUCCCACCCCCUUACCAGCCCAUCUACCCCCAGUCUCAGGACCCCUACUCCCACGUGAACGACCCGUACAGCCUCAACCCCCUCCAUGCCCAGCCACAGCCCCAGCACCCAGGAUGGCCGGGACAGAGGCAGAGCCAGGAGACGGGGCUGCUCCACACGCACCGGGGUUUGCCCCACCAGCUCUCGGGGCUCGACCCACGCAGGGACUACCGGCGGCACGACGACCUGCUGCACGCCCCGCACGGGCUGGGCUCGGGGCUGGCCGACCUGCCCCUCCACUCCAUCCCCCACGCCAUCGAGGACGUGCCGCACGUAGAAGACCCCGGUAUUAACAUCCCAGAUCAAACUGUAAUUAAGAAAGGCCCCGUGUCCCUCUCCAAGUCUAACAACAACGCCGUCUCCUCCAUCCCCAUCAACAAGGACGCGCUCUUCGGCGGGGUGGUGAACCCCAACGAGGUCUUCUGCUCGGUGCCGGGCCGCCUCUCGCUGCUCAGCUCCACCUCCAAGUACAAGGUCACGGUGGCGGAAGUGCAGAGACGCCUGUCGCCGCCCGAGUGCCUCAACGCCUCCCUGCUGGGCGGAGUGCUCCGGAGGGCAAAGUCUAAAAACGGAGGGAGAUCUCUGAGGGAGAAACUGGACAAAAUAGGACUAAACCUGCCAGCCGGGAGGCGUAAAGCUGCUAACGUUACCUUGCUCACAUCACUCGUGGAGGGAGAAGCAGUACAUCUAGCUAGAGAUUUUGGGUACGUUUGUGAGACAGAAUUUCCUGCCAAAGCAGUAGCUGAAUUUCUCAACCGACAACAUUCCGAUCCAAACGAGCAAGUCACAAGAAAAAACAUGCUUCUAGCAACAAAACAGAUCUGUAAAGAGUUCACCGACCUGCUGGCUCAGGACCGAUCUCCCCUGGGGAACUCGCGGCCCAACCCCAUUUUGGAGCCGGGCAUCCAGAGCUGCCUGACCCACUUCAACCUCAUCUCACACGGCUUUGGGAGCCCGGCGGUGUGUGCUGCCGUCACCGCCCUGCAGAACUAUCUCACCGAGGCGCUCAAGGCCAUGGACAAAAUGUACCUCAGCAACAACCCCAACAGCCACACAGACAACAGCACCAAAAGCGGCGACAAAGAGGAGAAGCACCGAAAGUGAGGAUGCCCCCCCCCCACACUCCUCUCCCUUCCCCCUCAUAGCCCAUCGAUCCAUUCAUCUCCCUCCUCCCUCUCCCCGGGACCCAGCACCCCAGGCUACAGCAACAGAAUGAGCGUCCUUCUGCCAGUCCUGUUCUCUGACUCUGCAGGACUGCUCUAUCCUUUCCCCACACCCCUUCCCAGCAUCCACAUUUCCAUUUGCUCCCACUUAAAUUCCCCCUUCUUCCCACUGCCAUCAUCGUUUUACCCGUUUGGAGCCUAAGAGAACAGAACAGGGGGACGGAGCCAGCAAAGAAAAAAAGUUCUGUCUUGAGUUUGUGAACUCUUUUUUAAAUAAAACAAAAAGAGAAAAAAAACCAACAAAAAAAUAAAGCAAAAAAGAAAAGGACUUUUUUUUCUAAAAAUAUAUUAAAAAA